CUUUCCCUCGCUCCUCUCCUCUCCAUCUUCUUCUACUAGCUGUAUAAAUACACACAUCUAAAUCUGAGUCUGUCCAUCCCACUAAUCUCAACUUCAAAUUCUUCUUCAUUUUAUCAAGUCUGUAAAUGGCGGGCGGCGGAGGUUCAUCCAACGCGUCGAGGCAGAGGAAGAGAGUGGAGGCUGAAUCCGCCUCUUCAUCUCCGGCUCUCAAACGCGCUAGAGACGGCAGCGCCUUUACCAAAUGCGAGGAGUGCCAAAAAGAUGUGGCGGUGGCUUUGAUUAGCUUCCACGAUUGCAGCCUUGAUGCUAAGAUUAAGAUGAAUCUAGAGGCUCAGGUUGUGGAAAUGGCUGCUGAGACGAAGAAGAAGCCAGCAGCAGAGAAAAAGAAGACAAAGCAGACAGAACCCAAGGCAAAGAAGGCCAAAAAUCCAAAUGCAAAGAAGCGCCCUCCCACUGCAUUCUUCUUGUUCAUGGAUGACUUUAGGAAAUCGUUUAAGGAGGCUAAUCCUGGCUGCAAGAGUGUUGCCACGGUUGCAAAGGAGGGUGGUGAGAAGUGGAAAUCAUUGAGUGAUGAUGAGAAGAAGGUAUAUACUGAUAGAGCUGCAGAGCUUAAAGCAGAGUAUCAAAAGGCAUUAGAGGCUGACAAUGAGCAAGAUGAGGAUGAUUCAACUGAAGAUGGGGCUAAGGAUGAUUCAACUGUAGAUGAGGUGAAGGAUGAAACAAAUGAGUCAUCUGAGAAAGAGAUUAAGGAGGAGAAAGAUGAUUUAACUGAUGAAGAGGUCAAAGAGGAAGAAGUAGCAGCAGAUGAUGAAUAAGUCCACCAGGCCGCUUCAAUUCUAAAUUUAGGCAACUAGGAUGAGUUUUAGGCCUUGUUGAUGCUUCAAGCUUCUUUGUAAAUCCCCACCUUUGCUAGUUUACUACUGAAUUUAUUUUGAGGAAAGAAAUUAAAAGGGAAUGAUUGUUUUUGGUGUCUUA